AUGGUGAGACCUCCAUGUUGUGAUAAAUCAAAUGUAAAGAGGGGACUCUGGACAGCUGAGGAAGAUGCAAAGAUCCUAGCAUACAUUGCCAACCAUGGAAUUGGCAACUGGACACUUGUUCCCAAGAAAGCUGGACUCAACAGAUGUGGAAAGAGCUGUAGGCUCAGGUGGACAAACUAUCUGAGACCUGACCUCAAUCACAACAGCUUCACAGCCCAAGAAGAAGAGCUCAUUGUUCACCUUCAUCGCGCUAUCGGUAGCAGGUGGUCUCUAAUUGCAAGAGAGCUACCUGGGAGAACGGAUAAUGAUGUCAAAAACUACUGGAACACUAAGCUGAGGAAGAAGCUUUUCAAGAUGGGAAUAGAUCCUGUAACCCAUAAGCCCAUUUCCCAAAUACUUUCAGACUACGGAAACAUCAGUGGCCUCAACUCUAACCUUCAAAACCGAAUUGGUUCCCUCAAUAAGAACUUCAACAACCCAUUGAUCUCAAAAUCAGAACCUUCCCCAGUUAUAACAGGGCCUGGUUCAAGUGCCACCAUGGUCAUGAAGCCAAUGUUGAUCACAGAGCAGCUCCAAGUUGAUCCCUUCUCCCCCAAUCCUUCAUGGGACCUCUUGGCUCAUAAUUCCCAAGUUGAUGCAAUCCAAGCAAGUUUCUUCAAUGACUUAUCCCCUUCUUCCUCUUCCUCCUCAUCAUCUUCUUCUUCCAUUGUCACGCAAUUAAGCUCGUCACAACCAUUAUCUACUAGUGAGCCACCUCUAGUUCUAGCCACUCCCUCUUCUCCCUCCAGUUGGUGUGAAUUUCUUCUGGGAGACCCCUUUCUUUCUGCCGAGCCAGAGCAACAAAACGAAUGCAACUUCCACGGGGUUUUUCCAUCAAGCAGCCCUUCAGUUCUAGUGCAAAAUGAGGUACCCAAUACCAAUUUUACUAGUGAUGGAAACAUGGUUAAAUUCCGCGGAAUGGGACAUAAGGGUUCUGGAGCAUCUGAUAAGAUUGAAACAACCUUACGAGGUGAAACAAACAAUGAUUUCGAGACUUCUUCAUCUUUGGAGAGCUCAUUUGUGGAGGCCAUCUUGGAUCGACACAGCAAAAUGCAGAUGGAAUUUCCCGAAGUACUCAUGGAUGAAUCUUUUCAUUUCUGA